GUACGGAUUUCACAAAGGAGCCCAAUUGUUAAACUGGGGAAAAAAGCAAAUAUGAUCCCUAGGAAAAAUAUGAUCCAUCAGGGCCACUGUAGCCAGCAGCCCCCCUCCCCAAAGCCUUCCUCUUUGUUAGGCAUUAUCUCUGAAUGGAAAAAGUUAGCUAGCCUAGGAAUCUAGAGAUAAACAUAUUGUAUGGGAAUGCAUCGAUGGUGGAAUGUGUCCCAGUAUUGCAGGGCUGUUGUGUUGUUAUGCAGAGGAAUGGGAUUAAACAAAUAGCUAUUUGCAACAUUGUUUCACUGCUUUGCUGACUGAGGAAAAGUUGGAUGUGUCUGGGAAAAGUUGGACCUGGGUGAUAGUUAGCUGUGCAGUAGCCUCUGCUGCCUGACUGUGUGCAAUCUGCAGGGACUGCUACAAAGCAGCCUGUCCCGCACCAGUAACCACAGAGAGACUGGGAAUGGGGAGCUGACUGAGCAGACACUGUGUUGAGGACUAACAGAUGAAGAUCACAGGGGAGAAGGCAGGAAGCAGCAGCCCAUACUGACCACUGUGCAUCACACAGCAGCAGCAGGAGGAUGGCUGUACCUGGCCACAGCUGGCUCUACAAUGAAGGACUGAAGCACCUCUUCCUGCUCGCCUGGCUUACGCUCAACGCUUGGCUGUUUUGGAAAACCUUUAUGCUGUAUUACAAGGGCCCGCAGUACCAUUACUUGCACCAGAUGUUGGGGUUAGGAUUGUGCCUAAGCAGGGCUUCAGCCUCCGUACUUAACUUCAACUGCAGUUUGGUUCUGCUGCCAAUGUGCCGGACGUUGCUGGCUGUCCUCCGUGGUACCAAAAAGGUUGUAAGUAGGAAAGCAAGAAGACUUUUGGAUAAGUACAGAUCAUUCCACGCUGCCUGUGGCAUUGCAAUAUGUGUCUUUUCAGCAAUACAUGUCGGAGCUCACGUAAUUAAUGCUGUGAACUUUUCUACAAACUACAACAGUGACUAUGAUGCGCUGAAUGUGGCGCGGUACAAAGAUGAGGAUCCCAGGAGAAUCCUCUUCACGACUGUUCCUGGAUUGACUGGUGUCCUGAUGGUGCUGAUUUUAUUUCUAAUGUCCACAGCGUCAACCGCUUCAAUAAGGGCUUCUAAUUUUGAUAUCUUUUUGAACACUCACAACCUGUUCUUUAUAUUCUACGUGCUGCUUCUGGUCCACGCUACUGGAGGUGUGCUAAAAUACCAAACUAAUGUAGAAGAACAUCCUCCUGGAUGCCUCCAGCUAAACGGGACUGAGAACUAUUCCGUUCCACUCACUUGGGUUAAUGGAGAAGCAUAUUUGCAGAAUACACCAAAAGCUGCCCUGGGCCUCUCUCUUGAGGAACUUUUAAUUAACAGUACACUGAGGAUAUGCACCAAAGAGCCCGAGUUUCUCCCCCAUUUCCCAGAGACAUGGCUGUGGAUAUUGGCGCCUCUGUGUUUGUACUGCGCUGAGAGAUUAUACCGAUACUUCCGAAGCAGCAAGCCUGUGACAAUCACCGCAGUUAUACAUCACCUGUCUGAUGUCAUCGAAAUCAGAAUGAUCAAAGAGAAUUUCAAAGCCAGUCCUGGACAGUACAUCAUUCUGCAGUGUCCGAGCGUUUCUGCGCUGGAGAACCAUCCAUUCACUCUGACAAUGUGCCCUACAGAGACAAAGGCUACAUUCUCCGUUCACAUAAAGGUAGUGGGAGACUGGACAGAGAGAUUAUGUGACCUGUUGACUUCACAGGACAACCGGGAAACUGAAAUCAUCCCGAUAGUUCAUCAGAGGAAAAACCCAAAGAUUUAUAUUGAUGGUCCCUUUGGAAGCCCCUCAGAAGAAGCUUUGAAUUAUGAGGUCAGCCUGUGCAUCGCUGGAGGCAUCGGUGUCACACCAUUUGCAUCUAUACUCAACCGGCUAUUAGACAAGUGGACAGACUACAAGCUGCAGCGCCUCUAUUUCGUGUGGAUUUGCAGAGACAUCCGGUCUUUUCUCUGGUUUGCCGAUCUGCUGUGUGCGCUGCACAGAAAGCUUUGGCAGGAAAACCGCCCUGACUACUUGAACAUCCAGCUGUACCUCAGCCAGACAGAUGGGAUACAGAAAAUAAUUGGUGAAAAAUACCAGGCUUUGAACUCUCGUCUUAUUAUCGGACGCCCUCGCUGGAAACUUUUGUUUGAUGAGAUCGCCAAAUCUAACAGACAGAAGUCUGUCGGAGUGUUUUGCUGCGGGCCGAAAGGGCUCUCCAAGGACCUGCACAGACUAUGUAACCGCCUCAACGGCUACGGGACAAGAUUUGAAUACAACAAAGAAUCUUUCAGCUGAAACCAAAUCAAUGGAACGGGAAACUGAAGUGCAAUUAACGCGAACCAAAGAACCUCAAUCAAUUGAGCGAUUCAAAUUCACAUUAUUUAAUGACGGGAUUAUUAUCUACAAAACAGAGUUCACUGUGGCUUGUUCGAUGCACUGUACGUUAUUGUUAAACUAUAAUGUGACACAUUUACUGAGACUACCAGACUACGUGUAACCUCGUAAGGAUGCAGGAAUCUAGCGGGCAUUUUGCCGGAGUCCGUAGCACUUUCUCUGUAUUUGUUUUACUGUCAGGACAAGUUAUAGGCGAUAAAGUAGUUCAUUUAUAGAAUAUCCUUUUUUAUGCAAAUGUAUGUAAAUAUUGACACUUAUUUUAUAUAGUACUCCCCACUGAAUUUAAACCAUGUUAUUUUAUUAUAUUAUUAUUAUAUCC